CCGUCGGAGCGCGCAGCUGGAUGUAGUUUUGUGAUGCUCUGACGUCACGUAGGUGAGUGACGUCAGACAGGAACCAGUGGAAGGGAGCUUGACAAAUCAAGAUGGCGUCCCACGCUGAAGCAGGAAAGAGAUGUCAUAAAUAAAACUCAUUCGGAGACUAGUUUAUAUUUGAGUGCCACCUCGACAAGACGUCGUUUGGAUUUUGAAAGGAAAAGACGGAGCAGAUACAGAGUCUCUAAAUGGCUGCGAGGAAGUCUGGAGCAGAUGUAUACAACAAUGGACCCAUCAGCUACCUUGAUGAAGUUCCCUUCAAGAUUAAUGAAAAAUUCCGCUGCCCAGCUAAAGUGGGGCUCCCUGUUGGUUUCUGUCCGCCAGACUGCAGCUCUUUGCUGGUGGAAACACAGUAUGACUUUUCUCUGGAGAGGCGUAGCGUGCGCUGGGGGGUUGAACUGGCUGAGGCCAGAGCAGCAGAAGCCAGAGCAGAAGAAGCGGCAGCCAAGCAGGAGGCAGAGAUCAAGGAGUCUUUGGCACAGGCCCAGGACAUUGAUGGUGGUGGAGGGAAGAAACCCCGGUCUGCUGCAGAGGACCAAGACCUUCUUCCACCAGCGCUGAACCCUGUCCUUGCAGGGCUGAGCCAUAACGCCAUCCUAACUCCACUGCCUGCCCCGAGCCUUGGCCCUAGGAAAACCCAGCCAAGCACUCCCCAGCUGCACAGUCUCAAUCUAGCUGACUUUGAGCGGGAAGAGGACCCCUUUGACAAGCUGGAGCUCAAAACUUUGGACGAUAAGGAGGAGCUCAGGAACAUCCUGCAGAGCCAGCCCCAACCUCUACCUCCUCCGUCUGUAUCCCCACCAGAGGUCUCCCAGGGGUCUCGUGGAAACAGCCCAUCCCCUCCUAGCACCAACACCAGCCUCACAGCCAAACCUGGCUUCGCCCAUAAACCCAAUGGGUUGGUUGCCUUGCUGGACAUGGACAGAGUCGGGCAUCCUGGGAGAACAGGGUUUGAAACAGAUGAUCGACCCUGUAACAUUCGCUCUCUCACUUUUCCUAAGCUCUCUGAUUCUGGAGACCCAGACCCAGUGAGGUACAGCCCACUCCCUGCACCCAUCCCGGCCCCCCGACAGAGCCUACCCAAUGGCAGCCCAUCGACCAUACCCACGAGCCAAGUUAUUGUUGCCCCUGAGCCAUCCAGCCACAACAAGGGCGGUGCGCCCAAACUGGCCAACACAGGGUCAGGACCUGCUGGUCUGCCAUGUGGUGGCGCCCUGCUCAGCAUGACCCCCAGCGAGCGCCAAUGUGUGGAAACCCUUGUGGGCAUGGGCUACUCUUAUGAGGGUGUCCUACGAGCCAUGCAGAGACAAGGGCAGAACGUGGAGCAGGUACUGGACUAUCUUUUUGUCCAUGGGCGUCUAUGUGAGCGGGGCUUCGAUGCAAGUGCAGUGGAGGAAUGUUUAGAGAUGUACCAGUGUUCCGAGGAAAAGGCCUUGCAGUUCCUUGAGCUAAUGUCAAGAUUUGGCGAGAUGGGAUUUGAGCGGGAUGCCAUCAAAGAGGUGCUGCUGGUCCACAACAAUGAUCAGGACAAGGCUUUAGAGGACCUGAUGGCUCGGGCUGCAGCAAGCUGAGCCGAGCUAACCAGCCAACCAAAGCCCUGCCCGGGGCUUGCCUCCCGCUACUACCCAACACAGCCCUUUUCCUUCUGCCUACCCUAUCGCACCAUGCCCUGCCCUCGCCUUGGCUGUGGAAGGGACAGCUGGGAGACAGUUGUAUUUCUCUCUGUGCUAAAACGUAUUGUGUCUCAGCACUUCUUAAAGACUGUGUGCCUAGAGUGGAGGGGGUCAAAGUGUAGCCAUACUUCAUGGUGGUGUUUUUUUCUAAGAAAUCCUGGGGUUAGGUUCCAGGAUGUGGUACUUCUAGGGUAUUAAAGAAUGGGGAGAAAGUCUGAGCUAGAGAGGAGAAACUGGAAGAAAUUGGGCUGUGGCUGUUUUGAUGCCAUUCUGAUUUGCUUCCACUUGGAAGUGUUUAUCUGACUGCAGGUGAAGCCACGGGACCGAAUGUGGAGCUGAUCCCAGGCUCUGACAGAAAGCCCAGUUUGAACUCCUGAAACCCUUAAACAACUAAGCUGCCAUCUUCCACUGUUCAGUGCAGACCUAGUACAUGGUGGAGGGGAUCAGGGCCUUGAAGAGGCUCUCUUCAAACUCAGCAAACUAAAAUUUUAAAGAAAAGAGGGGGGAAAAAAAAGGCCCAGACGGCAGACAGAUAACUGACUCUCAAGAAGUGCCCUCUCUGCUCUGGUGCCCUGCACCUAGAUCUGUUCUACUUUAUUCUUUCAUGCAUUCAUUUUUGUUUUCUGUUUCUUUUGGCACUUUUUCAUGUCAAUUUGAAGAUUCCAUUUCUUUGCUUUCUGUUAUAGGAACUGCAUAAUAGAUCACUAGUCAUCAUAACUCACUCAGAACUUAAGGAGAUGCUACUGCCCCAGUAAGCUCUUUGACCUGCACUGGAAUGGCCUGUUCAAGGAGUGGGGAGACAUGUGGAAAGUUUCUCUGUAGGAAAUAAUAAGAAAUGUCCCCAAAACCCACUGACACUGAUGUGUCACAUACUGCACAGGCACACAUUUCAUAAUUAUCAACAUAUUUAAAAUAGUACACUGACACUUUCAUUUAAGAUUUAAGAGUUUGAUAUGAUAAUGUAAGAUAUGUUAACUCACACUUUUAAAUGUCAUGGACUUUCUUUUUGCAGACUGGAAAAGAGUGAGUGGUUUGAAAAAAAAAAAUGUAAGGGUGGGUUGUUUUUACAGCCACAUCAUAGUGCAAUAGAGAAAUUUCAUAUUGUGUGACUGUUGACUGGCACUUUGAGCCUCAAGUAAUUGUUGGGAGUUAAGAGACGGUCUUCAAACCUCCUGAAAAUUUGGUUUUAAAGGUUUAAUUUUAUUGAUUUCUAUCAUUUGUUCUCUGUUAUUGGACUCCAUAUCACAAAAAUCGAAUCAAUCGUGACUUUGGUUUGUAGUAAUACGAAUUGAGUUUUCAUCUUGAAAAUGUUUUUGUUGGCAUCCCCACAGUCUUAAAUGGAGAGUUUAAAAACGCAUGUUAGUCGCCACAUGUCAAAAGCAUUUUCCAUACAUUCAUUGGGUGUAAUUGUUUAAAAUAUGAUCUGGAUCCUUUAUUUUUAUAGUUUGUGUUAAUGGACCUCCUGAGUUCCAAUGCUACAUACAGUAUGUUUAUAAAGCUGCUCAAUUGUACUGAGGGCAAGGAUGGCAGACAUUUCCAUAACCUUGGGCUCUGUGGUUCUGGUGGGGAUUGUGAGAGGCAUGGUGACAGAUUAAGGGCUUAAAAUUAGAAAAAUGUGACUGGGAGAACUGGCACUUGGCUUGGGGCAGGUCCAGUACUUUGUCCUAUGUUCCACAAAUGCAGAAAGAAACUUCAUAACCACCAGUCUAUUUCAGAACAACUUCUGGUUUUGACCAAUAAAUACAUUGUAGUGAAGUUUAUUGCCAAAACAAAUGUAAUUUUACUUGUUUAAUGAAAGAUAUUGGCAACCAAGAUUAUACAGUACCACUCACACCGGAGGGAUGAGCACAUCCCAGUGAGUGUUCAAGUGGCACGUCAUCGUGAAUCUGUCCUCCAGUCCAUGUUCACUCUUUGGUUAGGGCAGUGCCUUGGGCAAGCUAACGACACGACACUUACAAUGUGUGAUGUUACGUGUAUUAUCCUUGUUUAAGCCAGGCUUCUAUCUGAAGUGUGGUUUACAUGAUCAACAAGCAUGUGUUUUCACCCAGUUUUAAUUGCCUUCCGUCUUGAUUUACUGUGACAAAGAAGAAUAGCACACUUGCUUUACAAACACAUAAGUGGUAUUAUGGUCGCCUUACAUAAACCAAGUGUGGUUUCCUCAAUCGCACAUGAUGCCAGAUGACAUCCACUCCUCUGACAGCCUCAUACGCUGGAGUGAAUACAGUAUAGCAGGUUCUGGGCCUCCUCCAUCAAUGCCUUCUCCCAUUUCUGUUACAAUUUGCAAGCUGUAUGGGCACGACAUGCAGCUAGAUCCUCGUUAUCAAGGGUAUCAUCAGGUCCAAGGGUUUAUCAGUCACUGCAUAAUUGGGGCGCUAAUGAAUCUAAUGAACAGUGAAAUAUCUUAAUGGUAUAAUAAAAGGUGGGUGAGGUGAGUUUUCUUUCCCAUGCUCCUGAAAUGUGAUUUGCAACAUU